AUGACGGAUGAUAUUCAAGGUGUUGAGCAGUCUCCGCUUGUUGAAUUAUUUUUUAGCCAAAUCAACACCCUAAUGAAGUCGUCAAUAAGACGACUUAAAGAUCGUUGUUCUGAUUUGGGUUGGGCAUCUAUACUGCUAGGAAUUGCAACCUCGCUGGCAACUUACACGCUAUUCAAAACAGUCGACGAAUGUAGGGCAAACAAAGCAUCUUUUUCGUGCCUACAAUAUGGAUUAUUGAGUGUUGCUUUAUUAGCAGCUACUGUUGCUUGUUUUCUUGACGUUUCAAAGCUAGUUUACCAGAAGCUACAAUUAGGGAGGCUGUUCAAUCGGGCUGCUGCUGCACCACCAAAUUCAGUAGAAAUGGUUGACCAAAAUGAACCGGUUUCCCAGUCUACUGUUACACCACUAAGUUCAGGUGAAAUCGUUGACCAAACUGAGGCGGCGUCCGAGUCUACAGUUGCAUAA